AUGGUUGCUUUCUCUACCCUACUUGCCGCUUUCGCGGCAUUUGUCCCCUCAUUAGCUGCUCCUGCUCCUGCAGUCCCUAUCGAGAGGGAUGUUGCACUCUCUGAGCGUGGUCCUCAUGACUUCAUUCUCGGAGCCGAGAACCGUCUCGGUCGUCGUAGCGCUAUCAACUACAACCAAGACUAUACCACCGGUGGAAGCGUGAACUACUCGCCUUCCAGCACUGGCUUCUCUGUCAAUUGGAGCAACGCAAACGAUUUCGUUGUAGGUGUCGGUUGGCAAACCGGAACGACCAGCCCAAUUACGUUUGGCGGUUCCUUCUCCGUCAGCGGUGGCACCGGUCUCCUCACUGUCUACGGUUGGACUACUAAUCCUCUUGUUGAGUACUAUGUUAUGGAGGAUUACAGCAAUCCUCCCACCCAGGGCACAAUCAAGGGAACUUUCACCAGCGACGGAUCUACGUACACCGUCUGGGAGAACACACGCACGAAUGAACCUUCGAUUGUUGGCACUGCGACCUUCAACCAGUACAUAUCCAUCCGGAGCUCUACCCGAACCAGCGGCACUGUCACCAUUCAAAAUCACUUCCAGGAAUGGGCAUCUCUUGGAAUGAAUUUGGGCACAAUGAAUUACCAGGUCAUGGCUGUUGAAGGCUGGAGCAGCAGCGGUUCUGCUUCGCAGUCUGUUAGCAACACAGGUAGCGGCUCUACUAACGGCACCACUGGUACUGGAGGUGGUAAUGGGGGUGGUAAUGGGGGCGGUUCGGUUGCCCAAUGGGGACAGUGUGGUGGACAGGGUUGGACCGGUGCAACGGCGUGUGUCAGCCCAUACAAGUGCACUGUGAUCAACCCUUACUACUCCCAAUGUUUGUAA